AUGAUUGGAAUUUUAGCUUCCAUUCGCCACCCUGAGCUCUUCACCAAGCUCGUCCUCGUCGGCGCUUCUCCAAGAUUCUUAAACGACAGUGAUUACCACGUUGGAUUCAAGCGAGGCAAAGUUGAAGGAGUGUUGUCUGCAAUUGAGGCAGAUUUCGACGCGUGGGUCAACGGGUUCGCACCAUUGGCCGUUGGCGCCGAUGUCCCAGACGCGGUUCGGGAAUUCAGUCGUACUCUAUUCAACAUGAGGCCGGACAUAUCCUUAUUCGUCUCGGGAACCUAUUUCAAUAGCGAUCUGAGGGGCAUUUUGGGCCUAGUCAAGGUACCCUCUUGCAUAAUUCAAACCGCCAGGGACAUGUCAGAGCUGGCAUCGGUGGCCACGUAUCUGAAGGACCAUUUAUGCGGGCGCAACACCGUGGAGGAGCUCCACACCAACGGUCACCUGCCCCAUUUGAGCUCACCCACGCUUUUCACCACCAAGCUCCAUCGAACACUCUCGCGCUAG